UAGAAUGGAUGGUAGAUGGGAAAAAUGGGUCGUUUAGGUGGGAUAAGGGGACCGUUUCCCUUAGCUAAGUUAGGUGCACUUUUAGCUAGACAAAUAAGCAAACCUUUAGCAAAUGCAAUAGCGAGAAGUGCUAAGCAAUAUCCGUGGUUUAGCAGAGCUAUUUGCAUGCCUCCUGCUCAUCUCUAUAACUGGUGUGAGGUCCGGAUGAAGAUGUGGGUGAUGAACUUGGGAAAGCCUGUAAAUAUACCUAAAUUAAAUGAAGCUAUGGCCAUUGAACUCGGAGCAAGUCUGUUAGGAGAAGCCAUCAUCUUCUUGAUUGCUGCAGGCCUGCUGCUGGCAGAGUACACAAGACAGGUGCGCAAGGAGACUGCAAAAGAAGCGGCCCGUCAGGAGGAAAUGAGCAACAUUCAAUACACCAUACAGGAGCUGUAUUUUCAGGCUGAAAGACAGGAGACUCAGAUCCGUGAGCUGUUGCGAACUAUUUCCGACUUGGAAGGAAGAGUGGUCAAGGUCCCCUGGAAGGGAAAGCAGCCUGACGAGUCACUCGAGACAACAAAACCUUUGGAUGAAUCUGAUUCCAUACAAGACAUUAGGUAUUACCACCGAGAAGGCUUUGGUACACCAAUGAAAAUGUCUUACAUGUGGCCAGAAAGAAGAGAUAUCCAAAAUCAACAUUGUUUUCAGAACAGAAAUUGUUUUUACUGGUGAAUACCAUUAUAUGUGACUAUGGAGUAUUUUAAGAAAUUCAUAGUUUCCCAGUGUGUCCUGGACUCAUAGACUAUGUAAUGAAAUUGCUCUCACUAUAACACUAGCUCUUAAUGGCUAAAACAUACUAAUUUUAUGUCAAGUUACCAUUAUAAACUACAUUUAGUUAGUUCUAUUUAAUAAAUUUAAAAUGCUCAAAUGGUGUCAAGCUAGCUUCUUAUGUUUUAGAAUUAUUUAUUUUUUAAUUAUAGCUCAAAAAUAGUGAUGAUGUUAGGUACACUGAAGGGUAUAAGAGAUUAUAGAAUUUCAUUUGACUAUAAUAUUAGAACAAAGAUAAAUGUUUACAAUAUAUAUAUAUAUUAUAUUAAAAGAAAACGGAUAUACAUGUAUAAGGCAUUAAAAAUUAGGUAAAAAAUUAAAAUUUGUAAAUUGGGUGCAUUUUUAUUAGUGACUAAGAAGAGUUGAAUUACUAAGUAACUAAUUACUCCCUGAAUCCUGAUUAUCCUAUAGUUAUCCAAAUAUAUGGCUGGUGUAAAAACACUGUAAUAUAUUGGUAAAUUAUUUCUAGUUACAAGUCUAAUUAUACAGUUUUAAUCUAUUGGGCCAUUAAUUUUUCAUGAUACUUGAUUAUUCUUUCCCCACUACCGAUGUUACAUGUGAUAUUUAAUCAGAUGAUCUAAAUGUAAAAAUUUUGCCCUAAUUUCAUUAUUUUUAUAAAAUACACUGACUAUUGAUGGCAGUCAUUAAAAUCAUACUACAAUUAGUUGGUUCAUUUUCAAAUGAGUACUGUUAGCAUUGAAAAUUAGUUUAAUUUUUAGAAAGAUGUUCUUAAGGCAUUUGGCCAGAUAUUUUUACAACAUGCUCUGUACAACUUCCUUCUCAGUGUGCAUUGUGUAAUUUAAGUUCAUGUGGAGAGACACUUGUCACAUGUUUGGAUUUUUUAUCCUGUGUUAAGGAUAACAUUGAAUGCUAUAUGAAUCAGAGCAGUGUUAUCAGUACUACUUAUUCUUCCUCUCACUUCCUUCACAUGUUUAGCUCCCAGUGCAAAUGUAGUCCUUAUAAUAUAGACAGAGUAAGGUUAAGAAGAACAGACUCUAAAGUAUGGCCAGUACUAAAUCAGGAUAUUAUUGUAAUUUAUUGUGUUUGGUAUAAAUGUCCAUAUACAUAGUUCAUCAAUAAACAAAUUGUAUGAUUGUUGAUUUAAUUCAUCUGGAUUGUAUUAAUUCCUACAAAAAAUAAUAAUUUUCAUUUAUUUUGUCAAUUUAUUUGUACUUCAGAUUCAUAAGUUAAUAAUCUUAUAAAGCUGUCAAUAAUGAUAGUCAAAAAAGUUCU